AUGGGUUGCGUCAGCUCGAAGCAGACAGUCUCUGUAACUCCAGCGAUCGAUCACUCUGGACUAUUCAGGGACAAUGCUUGUUCCGGUUCGGGUCGAAUUCUGGUUGAGGAUCCUUCUCCGAAGAAGCUCGUGUCGUGGAGGAGCAAGAGCGGGAAGAAGAGUAGUAGCAAAAAGAGCGGCAGUGAGUUAGGUAGCGAGUUGGGCGAGUUAAGCGAGUCCGGCCGAGCGAGUUCGAAUUGCAGGAGCGAGUCGUUGAGUUUCCGUCUCGGUAACCUAAGCAAGUACUUAGAAGCUGAGCAAGUCGCCGCUGGUUGGCCUGCGUGGCUGAGCAACGUUGCCGGCGAAGCUAUCCAUGGAUGGGUCCCAUUUCGAUCCGACGCAUUCGAAAAGCUCGAAAAGAUUGGACAAGGGACAUAUAGUAGCGUGUUCCGUGCACGAGAGACUGAAACAGGGAGGAUAGUGGCUUUGAAGAAGGUUAGAUUCGACAAUUUUGAGCCAGAGAGUGUUAGGUUUAUGGCAAGAGAGAUUUUGAUACUUAGGAGACUCAAUCAUCCCAACAUUAUCAAACUACAAGGCUUGGUUACUUCAAAACUAUCUUGCAACAUACAUCUCGUGUUCGAGUAUAUGGAGCAUGAUCUCACUGGUCUUCUCUCUAGCCCUGACAUCGACUUCACAACUCCACAGAUUAAGUGUUAUAUGAAACAAUUGUUAUCUGGACUUGAUCACUGUCACGCACGAGGUGUAAUGCAUCGGGACAUUAAGGGUUCGAAUCUUUUGGUGAAUAAUGAAGGAAUAUUAAAAGUGGCUGAUUUUGGUUUAGCAAACUUUUGUAAUUCCUCGGGGAACAAGCAACCGCUUACAAGUCGAGUUGUGACUCUGUGGUACCGUCCGCCUGAACUUUUGCUUGGGGCAACGGAGUAUGGAGCAUCUGUUGAUUUGUGGAGUGUUGGCUGUGUUUUUGCCGAACUUCUUCUCGGGAAACCGGUUCUGCAGGGAAGAACUGAGGUCGAACAGUUGCACAAGAUAUUCAAACUAUGUGGAUCUCCACCGGCGGAUUACUGGAAAAAGUCCAAACUACCUCAUGCAAUGCUUUUCAAACCACAGCAACAUUAUGAUGGUUGUCUCCGAGAAACCUUGAAAGAUUUGUCCGACUCUGACAUCAAUCUUAUAGAAACUCUUCUUUCUAUAGAGCCCCACAAACGUGGGACUGCGUCUGCUGCGCUUGUUUCCCAGUAUUUCACUGCAAAGCCUUUUGCUUGUGACCCCUCAAGCUUGCCUGUAUACUCGCCUAGCAAGGAGAUUGAUGCAAAGCAUCGAGAAGAAGCAACAAGGAGAAAAAUCAGCGGGAAUGGGAGACGAGGUACAGAAUCGAGGAAGCCAACAAGAAAGCCCCCUGCAUUUGCUAAAUUGGCACCAGCUGAGGAUGUACGACACCCUUUCCGCUCUUUGCAGAAACGUAAUGGUCAUUCAGUUCAUAAUUCGAUUGAUAGCGAUGCCACUUUAUGUGGGAAACUUCAAAAGCCAUCAGAUCAUGAAAAAGACGAAGCUUCUCAUGUGAAGAACGCAUCACAAGGAGAUGUGCCUUUCUCAGGGCCGUUGCAAGUCUCUGUAUCAAGCGGUUUUGCAUGGGCAAAGCGACGAAAAGAUGAUAUAUGUGUUAGAUCACAUAAUAGAUCUCUCUCAAGAGGUCACAUUCCUAACCUGUUGGGACCUUCCCCUGCUUUUAGCGAGAACACUGACGUUGAGCCUAAGAUAAAAGAGAAUGAAAAGGAAGAGAAACAUGGAGCAAGGACAGAUUCCCAAGACCGUGAGGCGUAUGAGAUGUUGAAGGUUUCAAUGCUGAAGCAGUGGAGACAACUUGAACGUCCAGAUUCUUUUGAUGCUUCGGACGAGUAUCAUUCACAGGAACUGUCAUUGGCACUUUAUCAGAGAGAAGAAAAGACGGCAAAACUGGGUCAUUUGGGUAACCAAGACAAUGGUGACAAAAUCGAAUACUCCGGCCCCUUGUUGUCUCAAUCUUAUGGAGUUGAUGAGCUUUUGGAACGCAAUGAACGCCAGAUUCGCCAGUUAGUUCGAAAAUCUUGGUUCCAGAAAGGUAAGAAACAAGGGAAAUGA